AUGGUUCAAGUUGCACCGGUUGGUGUGGGAGCAGGAAGUGGUCAGAGUCGUCCUGCAUCAGAUCCAAAAACAGGAUGGUUCGUCUAUAUGUUGGCAUUUUCAGCAGUUAUAGGAGGAUUUCUAUUUGGAUAUGAUACUGGAAUCGUAUCAGCUGCAAUGCUUUAUGUUCCAAAUGCAUCUGGAAUCAAGCCGUUAGAUUCUGUAUGGCAAGAAAUAAUAGUCAGUGUGACACCUGGAGUAGCUGCAAUCGGGUCAUUAUGUUCGGGUCCGGGAUCUGAUUUUUUGGGAAGAAAGAAGAUAAUUAUCGGAGCAAGUGUAACAUUUACUAUUGGAGCAAUCAUUUGUGCAGCUGCAUGGACGAAAAUUGUUCUUUUAAUUGGAAGAAUUUUAUUGGGUCUUGCCAUUGGAUUUGCUUCUAUGAUCGUUCCAAUUUAUGUAUCAGAAGCAUCACCAUCUCAUAUUCGCGGAAAGUUGGUAACAGGAUUUCAGUUGAUGAUUACAGUAGGAUUGGUUAUUGCAAACAUUAUUGGAGGAGCUUUCAGUUAUGUUGACCCAGAUCAAGUUGGAUGGAGAUUGAUGUUUGCAUUUGCGGCAGUUCCAGCCAUUAUUCAAUUCGUUUGUUUCCUUUUUCUUCCAGAGUCCCCACGUUGGCUUUAUGAGCACGGUAGAACUGUGGAGGCGCGUGAAGUGUUGACAAGAAUCUAUAAUGGACAUACUGAAUGGGUAGAUUAUGAAAUGAACGAGAUCAGUUUUUCGUAUGAAGAGGAGAUCAGAGCAAAGGCUGAACAUGCAGGAAAUGGACCAACCAUCUUCAGAAUUCUGAAAACUCCACAUGUUAGAAAAGCGUUGAUAAUUGGAUCUUGUCUUCAAAUGUUCCAGCAGCUGUCUGGAAUUAAUACUGUUAUGUACUAUACUGGUAAUAUCAUCAGAAGUGCGGGAGUUAAAGACAAUCACACAACUAUUUGGAUUUCUGUGGGAACUUCUGCCAUCAACUUCAUCGGAACAUUCAUCCCAAUCGCUUUAGUUGAACGUGUUGGUCGACGAGUUCUUCUUCUCGUUUCUAUGGUCGGCGUCAUUCUUUUCUUGAUUGCAAUGGGUGUAUCUUUCCUCCUGAUCAAUAAUGACUCUUCAUUGACAUAUCCACAGGCUAAUUACACCGGUUCACCAAACUACAACCCAUCUGUGAAAGAUGCAAUCAAGUGUAUGAAAUACAGUAACUGUGACUUCUGUGUCACUGACGAAUACUGCGGAUUCUGUGAAGAUAAGGCUACCAAACAAGGUUACUGUCUACCAUUCCCAACAGAUGACUCAAGUCACUUCUCUGCAACUGGUAUCUGUCAGUUCUCGAACUUGACUGGAAACGGAAAAACAUAUGAAUGGGAAGACACUUAUUGUCAUACAAAGUUCACAGUCCUUCCGAUUAUAAUCAUGGUUUUCUAUCUACUAUCUUUCUCAGCUGGUUAUGCACCUCUUCCAUGGGUUCUGAACGCUGAGUUCUAUCCGUUGUGGGCGAGAAGUACUGCUGUUUCCAUUUCAACUGCAUUUAACUGGAUAUUCAAUCUGAUAGUUUCUCUUACAUUUUUGUCUCUUUCACAAGCUGCCACUAAAUAUGGAACAUUCUUCAUUUAUUGCGGAUGUACUAUUGUUGCACUGAUAUUCGUGUUCUUCUUCGUUCCCGAAACCAAAGGAUAUUCGAUUGAUGAAGUUGAAAUGCUUUUCAUGACAAAGGAAGAACGAGAGAAGGCACAAAAAGUUUUGGAAGAGAGCAAAGAAGGGAAACAUCGUAAUUCAGUAGCUCUCUCAUUUGAUACUAAAUUUUAA